GCCCUGGCAUCUCAAUAUAACGCCUACGUCCUAACCCUUUUGAUUCCAUCAACAACACUGAAUUAUAUUAACGCCGAUCUGGGUCCAAAUCCAAACUACACCUGGAUCACGGUAUCUUGGACCCUAUGCGCGUCGUUCGUUAUCUCCAUCAGUGGGCGUCUAUCAGACAUCUUCGGACGCCGCUACUUCAUGAUCUGCGGCGCCUGCAUAUCCUUCAUCGGCACGAUCGUCGGCGCCACCGGGAAAUCCAUCAACCAAAUGAUCGCCUCGGGCGUUUUAUUCGGUCUCGGUUCCGGGUUCCAGGAAAUGGGGUAUGCGUGCUGCCAGGAGAUUAUGCCUAACAAGUAUAGGAUGUGGGCGGUUGGGAUAUUCGACUUUUUGGGCGUGGUGAGUCAGUUGGGGCCAUUGGUGGGUUAUGCGUUUAUUGCGAAGACAGGAAUUGGGUGGAGGGGCGCUUAUUGGUAUAUGUGUGCGUUCCACGGCUUCUUUGCCAUAGUGCUCUUCUUUACUUAUUUUCCGCCUACUUUCCACACCAAGCAUAAAAACGAUGGAAAAACCAAAACCCAGCUCAUCAAAGAAAUCGAUUACAUCGGCCUGCUCCUCUUCAUGUCUGGCUGCGUUCUCUUCCUCCUCGGCGUCAACUACGGGGGCCGCCAAUAUCCCUGGAAUUCUGCGCACGUCAUUGCUCCAAUCAUCGUUGGAGUGUGUUGUCUUGUUGGACUAGGGUUCUGGGAGGUUUAUGCAAAUUUGCCGCAACCUAUUAUGCCGCCGAGGUUGUUUAGGAAGUGGAGAGAAGUUACCAUGAUUUACGUGGUUUGUUUUGUGGGGGGCAUGUUAUAUUACUCCAUGAAUGUCCUCUGGCCGCGCCAAUCCCAACUCCUCUUCACAGGCCCCGACCCCAUCAUCCGCGGCCUCUACGCCGAGCUCAUCCCUCUCGGCUCCGUAACCUCUGGCCUCCUACUCGCAUUCGUGUGCUCUAAGAUCGGCCACGAGCGUUGGCAACUCGUUUUCCUGAUGUCCAUGGAAACUGCCCUCAUUGGCUCGCUGGCAAGUGUGGGGCUAAGUGAUCGGAUUCAGGCGAUUUGUACGUUGGUGUUUUUGAGUAUUAGUGUAAGUUUGCCGCAGUUAAUGAGUUUUGCCAUGAUUAGUUUAGGGCUAGGGGAGGAGUAUAAGGAUGAUAUCGGCUGCGCAGUCGGCCUAGCAGGCACGUUCCGCCUAAUGGGAGGCUCCAUCGCAACUGCCAUCUAUACCGCCAUCAUUAACAACACCUUCUCGUCCUCCCUACCUGGCGAAGUCUCCCGUGCUGCGCCCGGUUUCUCAAAUAUGGCCGCUCUCCUCCGCGCCGCAGCCGUGAACUCUGCUGCGGCAUACAAAGCGGUCCCAGGGAUAACACCAGAGUUGAUAGCGGCGGCACAGCUGGCGGUGAAGAAGGCGUACGUGCACGCCUUUUCGACGACCUAUCUUAGUGCAUUGGGGUUUGGGGGCGCGGCAAUUGUGGCGGCCUUUUUAACGAGGAGUACGGAUGUCAGCAUGAAGAAUAGUAAGAGGAUUGUGAGGUUGGAGAAUGAGAGGAGCAGGAGUGAUGAGGAGAUUAAGAUUGCGGGUGCUUAA